AUGAUUGAUCCUGAUCAUGCUGAUGCUCCACCGCUCUAUGGGAACGAUCCUGAGGAGAUCUGCGAUAUCAACGGUAUGGACGCACGGGCAUAUGAUAGUGUGAAGGACGAGGAGGCAGAGAAGAGGAAGAAUCGAGAACGGAGAGAAGACGAGGCCUUCGAGAAUCCUUCGGAGACGACGAAAAAGGUCGAGAUGGAGUACAUGGCACCAAAAAAGGAAAGACGUUUCAAGCUGUAUAUGGCGUAUCACGGGCGUCGUGGUCCGUCAUGCUGCAUUAAGAUUCGUUUACCAAGGCAUGGAGGAUACGAGGAAGGUCCCAGUAUAAAUCUCAAGAAGCUCUUUGUUGAGAAUUACAAUAGAUUGCGUCAAUUCAUCAGCGUCUAUACAGUUCAUCUAAGGUCCGAGGUCGGCGUCUACAUACCCGACAGUGCUGCCAUCACAGGCUAUAUCUCUUAUGGGGGGCUGGUGCAGAUUGUCGACGGAUCGCCUGCUGCAGUGACCGCCGAUAGUCGUGUCUUUGCGUGGGGCCGCAUGCCCUGGACGGGUGCCCAGACAUCGCAAGGACUAGAGGACGUAUUAUCCUUAGCCCGAAAGCGUAUACGCUCCGUAGCGAUAGGAGCUGGCCAUGCCUUGGCUCUCACCGAAGGAGGAAAGGUUAUGUCCUGGGGACUCAAUGAUUCUGGCCAGCUCGGUACUGGUGAUGAACGGAGUCGGAUUAUACCAGAAACUGUUAAGCUACCCAGCGAUGUUUAUAUUGACAAAAUUGCAUGUGGUCCUGACUACUCUGUUGCCGUUACUAAGGCUGGUCAGCUGUGGACUUGGGGACGGUACCAGGCUAGUAAUUGGCCUCGUCUAUUUGUCGAUACAUGGUGUAAUGGCAACAAGCCUGGAUGUGACAAUACAGCUGUAGGACUGGCUGGCAGCAGAAUCCUAAAGGUGUCAUGUGGAGACCAACACAUGCUGGCCCUCACCAAGGAAGGCGAGGUCUUCUCCUGGGGAUACAACGACUUCGGUCAGCUCGGUUGGGGGCUCCACGGGGUAGAUGUUGUAGGCCAGCAACGGCCGCAUAAGGUUCCCCAUUUACCUAAGAUUAGCGAUAUCGCGGCUGGAGGUGGUCAUAGUGUUGCGGUUGGUGACGACGGAGCCGUGUAUAGCUGGGGGAGCAACUCACAGGGUCAGAUCGGCCAUGGGCUCCGGCAAGAUUUCGCGGAGCCAACGCGAGUACAGAUGCCGCAGCCGGUUAAAUCAGUGACUGCUGGCAAGGUCACCACUCUGUUGGUCUGUGAUGAUGCUGAUAACUCCGUAAUAAUGUGGGGAGCUGUGCAAGCUGCUGGCCCUGAGAUGGAGGCCCCGGUGAAGGCUGCAGAGGGAAUGCAGAAUGGACAUAAAGAAGAUAAAACAGAGGCACCAGCGGUAGCAGCAUCGUCGGUGAUGGCGAAGUUAGGUGGUGGGGGAUCAGCCAGCGUUCUGAUACCGGGCCAGGGAGAGGUUACUACAAUGAGCAUUGGGGAAGCUCAUGGAGCUGUGGUUAAGGAUGCUGCGCUUUAUGGUUUUGGAUACAACUCUGAGAACCAGGCCAUCGCUACACCCUCGAAAUCUUCUUUCGUGCCGCCAACACUAGUAGAUCUAACUGAGAUGCACAAGGGUCCUGAUGACUUCAAAUUCAACAAGAUAUCCGACCUCGCCUGUGGCGGCUCGAUGAGCUUGGCCGUUGCCAACUACUCCAUAUAAGGAGACCCCUCAUCGGUU